AAAAGAAAACUAAAGACAUUCGUCUUCAUUAACUCAGCCCUCUUUCACAGCAACAUUACUUUCACUCACACUUCAUCACUACAAGCCAUCCUCUCUUAGCUUUCCUCUCUCUCUCUCUCUCUCUCUCUCUCUCUCUCUCAGCAUUCCUUUCAGCCACUAAGAAGAAAUGGCCGAAGCAAUCCUCUUUGGUCUUGUACAGAAAAUGAUUGAAAAUUUGGGCUCUCAGACUUUCCAAGAGAUUGGAUCACUAUGGGGUGUCAAAGGUGAGCUUGAAAAAAUCAAGAACACUGUGUCCUCAAUUCAAGCUGUACUUCUGGAUGCAGCGGAGAAACAGAGUCAUGACCAUCAAGUCAAGGACUGGCUCCAAAAGCUCAACGAUGCAGUUUAUGAUGCAGAUGACUUGUUGAGUGAGUUUUCCACUGAAGCUAUGCGGCGAAGAGCGGUGAGUGGGAAUAAAGUCACAAAAGAGGUACGCACUUUCUUUUCAAAGUCAAACCAACUAGCUUUUCAUGGUAAGAUGAGUAGUAAAAUAAAGGCAAUGAGGCAAAAACUAAAUGCGAUAGCAGAAGAUAGGAAAAACUUUCGCUUGGAAGAAUACCAUGUAGAGACAAAUGUUGUGAGUAGGAAGAGGGAACCAACUCACUCGUUUGUACGUGAAGAAAAAGUUAUUGGGAGGGAAGAUGAUAGAAAGGCUGUCAUAGACCUAUUAUUGGACUCUAAUGUAGAGGAGAAUGUUUCGGUCAUUCCCAUUGUGGGGAUCGGGGGCUUAGGGAAGACUACACUUGCUCAAUACGUGUACAAUGAUGAGAAAGUCAAAAACUAUUUUGAGUUAAAAAUGUGGGUAUGUGUGUCUGAUAUCUUUGAGUUGAAAAUAAUUAUUGAAAAAAUAAUAGCAUCUGCUACAGGUAAUGCACCUGGAAAUCUGGAAAUGGAUCAAUUACAAAGUCAAAUUCGUGAAAAAAUUGAUCGAAAAAAGUAUUUACUUGUAUUGGAUGAUGUAUGGAAUGAAGAUCGUGGAAAAUGGCUUAACUUGAUAAAUAUUUUAAUGGGUGGUUCAAAAGGAAGUAAGAUUAUAAUAACCACUCGUAGUAAAUUGGUUGCAAAGAUUACACACACAGUUUCACCAUAUAUUCUCAAUGGUCUCUCCGAAGAACAAUCAUGGUCUUUAUUUAAGCAAGUGGCAUUUAGUAAAGGGCAAGUGGCCAAUAAUCCUACAUUAGUUACAAUUGGAAGGGAGAUUGUAAAAAUAUGUCAAGGGGUACCCCUUGCCAUAAUGUCCAUAGGAAAUGUGCUAUAUUGUGAGGAAACAGCAUCUGAAUGGUUACUUGUGAAGGAUAAUUUACUAGCAAAUGUAAUUGAAGGAAAUGAGAUUUAUCCAAUUUUAAAGUUGAGUUAUGAUAAUCUCCCAUCACAUUUAAAGAAUUGUUUUGUCUUUUGCUCUUUGUUUCCCAAGGAUUAUGAAAUGGAUAAGGACACCGUGAUACAACUAUGGAUAGCACAGGGGUUUAUCCAAUCAUCAAACAAAAACCAACAAUUAGAGGAUGUUGGUGAUAAGUACUUCAAAGAUUUACUUUGGAGGUCUUUCUUUGAAGAAGUAAUAGAUUCAUAUGGACUCCUAAAAUACAAGAUGCAUGAUUUAAUUCAUGAUCUUGCAGAAUCUAUCGCAGGCGAGGAGUGCAAGCUCCUUGAUUUUCAUGGGAAAAAUAUUAAUGAAAAAAAUCGUCAUGUAUCAUGUCCAUUUUUUAUUGACUUGUCUUUUAUUGAAACUUUAAAGUCAUCGGUUAAAUCAGACAAGAUACGUACAUUUCUUCAAACAUGUGAAGGGUAUAAAUUUAAUGCUUUGGAUGAGUCAACGUUGAAUACUCUUAUUUUGAGUUUCAAACGCUUGCGUGCAUUAGAUUUACAUGAAUUGAAGAUCACAAGAGUGCCAAAUUCUAUAGGGAAGCUAAUGCAUCUAAAGUACCUCGAUCUUUCUUUUAAUGAGGAUAUUGAAACUCUCCCUGAUUCAAUUACUACAUUGUUGAAUUUGCAAACAUUAAAACUUUGUAGUUGUGAAGGUCUUAAAGAAUUACCCAAAGACAUAAGAGAAUUGGUUAGCCUUAGACAUCUUUAUAAUGAUGGUUGUGAUAAUUUGAGUCAUAUGCCUUGUGGAUUAGGGCAAAUGACUUCACUUCAAACAUUACCAUUAUUCAUUGUGAGCACCUCCUCCCACACUGGUGGAUUAGGUGAAUUGAGGAAGCUAAACCUGCAAGGAACAUUAGAGAUCUCACAUUUGGAACGGUUGGAAGAAACUAAAUCAGAAUCCAUUGUUGUGAAUUUAAGGGAGAAGCAACAUCUUGAAAAAUUGAUAUUAAAAUGGGAUCAUCAAGAUCAAGUAGAUAAUAAUGAAGAUGAGAAGUUAUUAGAAAACCUCCGGCCACACCGAAAUCUCAAACAUUUGGAAGUGCAUCAGUACAAGGGUGUGAAAUUUUCAAGUUGGGUCUAUUCUCUCAUAAAUCUUGUUGAUUUAAGGAUAGAAAAUUGUGAGAGAUGCCGAUAUCUGCCGCCAUUAUCUCAUCUCCCCUCUUUAAAAUCUCUAAUGCUUGCUAUGAUGAAUGAUUUGGAGUACAUAUCCGAUAAAGAUAUGAGUAAAGAGGUGUUUGCUUCAUCCACAACAUUAUCAGCAACGUUCUUCCCAUCUUUAAAGUCACUCACAAUAGAGGAAUGUCCUAAUUUGAAGGGAUGGUGGGGGAGAACAGGGAGGGAUUUAGUCGCAACAACAUCUGCGUCAACACCAGAUCAUAAACAAGAUCAGUCUCACAACUCACUGCCUUUAUUUCCUCUUCUCUCUUCUUUGUGGAUUCGUAAUUGCCCUGAAAUGACUUCCAUGCCCCUGUUUCCCAAUCUCGAAGAAAGGCUAUAUUUAAACAACGUCAGAUUCAAGCCUUUGCAAGAGACAAUGUCAGUUUCCUCCUCUUCAUUAUCCUCUUCUUCUCCUCUCUCCAAAUUAAAUGAGAUGGAAUUGUAUUCUAUAGAAGAUAUAGAGUCUCUUCCGGCUGAGUGGGCACUACAUUCUCUCAAAGAACUAUAUAUUGGGAAUUGCCCUAGACUAACAUCUAUGUCUGGAGCGGUGCGUAAUCUCACCUCCCUCUGUUCGCUAUCAAUUGACAAUUGCGAGGAGUUCGAUCCAUUAAGAGACAUGCAUGAUGAUGGCAUGGAAUGGCGAUGCCUCAAUUGUGUCCGUGAUUUACGUUUCGAAGGUAUUCCGAAAAUGAAGUCUCUCCCUGUGGGUCUUCAAUGUAUUUCCACCCUAAAAGAGCUCCGCAUUCCAAACUGUCCAAAUUUAAUGACUUUGCCGGAACUCACCUCACUUGAAUUUCUUUGGAUUAAAAGAUGCGAGCCUAAUCUGACAUCACUUCUUGAGAUUAGUUGUCUCACUUCUUUACAGUGGCUGUGGAUUGAAGACUUACCCAAUUUGAUUACUUUCCCCGAAUCAAUUAGGAAUCCAAUCUCACUUGAAAAACUUUACAUUGACAACUGUCCCAAUCUCACAACACUACCCGAUGAUGGUUUUCUCAAGUCUUUACGAAAUCUGAGAAUUCGUAAGUGUCCUCAGUUAGAGGAAAAAUACAAAAAUAAAAUCGGAAAGGAUUUCCCUAAUUUGGAAAUCAUAUGGGCAACGUAUUGAGACCACAGCAGCAAACGGCUCUACAUCAAUGGCCACUCCCCUCUUUCACUUGAAUGAAUCAGAAUGAAAGGAGGUGUAUGUAUCUGGGCAUAUUCAGAACCAUAUGAAAAAGUGCAACAAGUCAACAGCUAAGGCAGAAAUUGGAGGGAAAUGGUCCAAGACUGCUCGAAUCCUUAAUUGAAUGUAUUUCAGAAGGAUGUUCUGGUCCACUAUUACUACAGUAUAUGGAAUAUAAAAACAGAACAGAGUUUGUGAUCUCCAAAGCGAGUCGAUACUCCAAUUAUGUAGUUUGGCAUGGAUAAAGAUCACAACUAGGUGUUAACGGAAGGGUUGUUCCAUUUCAAGAAUGGCUUCAUUAUGCUCGCAGCUGAUUCCUUGGAUAUUUGACAACUUUUUAAUGAAGCUAUUGAAAAUUUUCAACCUAAACAGGAACUUUGAAUUUGGAAACAGACAGUUUUUAGUGAAUUUACAGCAACUACAAGAAGAUAAAUAGUUCUUGAGGCUGGAGAUGGAGUAUUUGAGGUACGUCCUACCUUGGCCGACACUCAUCUAGGAGGUGAUGAUUUCAACAAGAGAAUAAACUUUAAGAAAGAUGAAGGCAUAGAUCUUCUGAAUGACAGGCAAGCUCUACAACGUCUCAUAGAGACUGCUGAGAAAGCGAAGAUGGAGCUGUCAUCUCUGACUCAAACCAAUAAUAUUAGUUUACCUUUCAUUAUCGCCAUUCGGAUGGCCCAAAACACAUUGACACCAUGCUGACUAGUGUCAAAUUUGAAGAACUGUGUUCAGAUUUGUUAGACAGUCUAAUUGCGUGCUUAAGUUCUCUGGAUUACAACUCAUAAGCUUUAAGCACCAGUUGAAACUUCCUUGAGAGAUGCAAAGUUUUCCAAAGAUAUGGAUGUAAUUCAACUUGUAUCCCAGCUGUUUAGGAGCUGAAAAAUAUGGAUGAAGUUUUUGUUCUUGGGGCUGUAGUUCAGAAGGACUUGAAACUUUGGGUGGUGUCAACUUCACCAACUUCCAAAUCAGAGGUGUUCUCCACCGCAGCAGAUGGACAGACCAGUGAAGAGAUUAAUUUCUAUCAGGGUGAGAGAGAGUUUGUGACGGACAACCAGUGCUAGCACCAUGCCAAGUGAUGGGGUGGAUAGGAUGGUUAAAGAAGCUGAAAAUUUUGCAAAAGGAAGACAAGGAAAAGAGGGAUGCCAUAGACGCAAGGAAUCUAGCUGACUCAGUUUUGUACCAAACUAGAAGCAACUAAAAGAGCUGGGAGACAAUGUUCUUAGCUAGACAAGGAGAAUGUAGAGGCUAAAGUGAAUGAGGUCAUGGAUGCCAUCUUUGGUGGUUCUACCCAAGCCAUUAAAGAUGCAAUGGCUGUCCUGAAUCAAGAAAUUAUGUAACUUCGGUAGUCAAUGUUAAUGUGAAUUUGAAUUGGUUCAGAACCUUAGGAACAAGUACAACGAGUCUAUGGCUUAGGGUAAUAUCAAUAACAUUCUGGUGACAACUACCCUUUAGGAAGCUGUUUUAUAUUCAGAAGCGCUGUGAUGGAUUUUACCUUAAGCACACUAUUUGGAUACAAAGAUAGGAUCAAUAAAAUGAAAAUAUAGAGUCUACUUGCCUGCUUAAGUUCACUGGAUUACAACUGCAAUUAACAUUCUCAUAGGCUUUGAGCACCAGUUGAAACUUCCUUAAGAGAUACAAUGCUUUACUUCAAAGAUAUCAAUGAGAAUGAAAGGAUGUGUAUAUAUUAGAGGCAUAUUCAGAACCAUAUGAACAAGUGCAACAAGUCAACAGCUAAGACUGGUGUUUUUUAGCUGGAGAAGUUAUUGACUUUGUGCUCUUGGAUGUCUCACCGUGGAAGGACUUGAAACUUUGGGUGGUGUAAUGACAAAGAUUAUCCCAAGGAACACAACUUCACCAACUUUCAAAUCAGCAGAGGUGUUCUCCAGCACAGCAGAUGGACAGAUCAGUGAAGAGAUUAAUGUCUAUCAGGGUGAAAGAGAGGUAUUUAUCUCUCUGAAAAAAGGGUGAGAGAGAGAUCAUGAGGGACAACAAAUCCCUUGGAAGCUUGUGCUUAAGACACCAAAACAGGUGCUAGCACCAUCACACCAUGCCAAGUGAUGAGGUGGAUAGGAUGGUUAAAGAAGCUGAAAAUUUUGCAAAAGGAAGACAAGGAAAAGAGGGAUGCCAUAGACGCAAGGAAUCUAGCUGACUCAGUUUUGUACCAAACUAGAAGCAACUAAAAGAGCUGGGAGACAAUGUUCUUAGCUGGACAAGGAGAAUGUAGAGGCUAAAGUGAAUGAGGUCAUGGAUGCCAUCUUUGGUGGUUCUACCCAAGCCAUUAAAGAUGCAAUGGCUGUCCUGAAUCAAGAAAUUAUGUAACUGCGGUAGUCAAUGUUAAUGUGAAUUUGAAUUGGUUCAGAACCUUAGGAACAAGUACAAUGAGUCUAUGGCUUAGGGUAAUAUCAAUAACAUUCUGGUGACAACUACCCUUUAGGAAGCUGUUUUAUAUUCAGAAGUGCUGUGAUGGAUUUUACCUUAAGCACACUAUUUGGAUACAAAGAUAGGAUCAAUAAAAUGAAAAUAUAGAGUCUACUUGCCUGCUUAAGUUCACUGGAUUACAACUGCAAUUAACAUUCUCAUAGGCUUUGAGCACCAGUUGAAACUUCCUUAAGAGAUACAAAGCUUUACUUCAAAGAUAUCGAUGAGAAUGAAAGGAUGUGUAUAUAUUAGAGGCAUAUUCAGAACCAUAUGAACAAGUGCAACAAGUCAACAGCUAAGACUGGUGUUUUUUAGCUGGAGAAGUUAUUGACAUUGUGCUCUUGGAUGUCUCACCGUGGAAGGACUUGAAACUUUGGGUGGUGUAAUGACAAAGAUUAUCCCAAGGAACACAACUUCACCAACUUUCAAAUCAGCAGAGGUGUUCUCCAGCACAGCAGAUGGACAGAUCAGUGAAGAGAUUAAUGUCUAUCAGGGUGAAAGAGAGGUAUUUAUCUCUCUGAAAAAAGGGUGAGAGAGAGAUCAUGAGGGACAACAAAUCCCUUGGAAGCUUGUGCUUAAGACACCAAAACAGGUGCUAGCACCAUCACACCAUGCCAAGUGAUGAGGUGGAUAGGAUGGUUAAAGAAGCUGAAAAUUUUGCAAAAGGAAGACAAGGAAAAGAGGGAUGCCAUAGACACAAGGAAUCUAGAAGCAACUAAAAGAGCUGGGAGACAAUGUUCUUAGCUAGACAAGGAGAAUGUAGAGGCUAAAGUGAAUGAGGUCAUGGAUGCCAUCUUUGGUGGUUCUACCCAAGCCAUUAAAGAUGCAAUGGCUGUCCUGAAUCAAGAAAUUAUGUAACUGCGGUAGUCAAUGUUAAUGUGAAUUUGAAUUGGUUCAGAACCUUAGGAACAAGUACAACGAGUCCAUGGCUUAGGGUAAUAUCAAUAACAUUCUGGUGACAACUACCCUCUAGGAAGCUGUUUUUUAUUCAGAAGCGCUGUGAUGGAUUUUACUUUAAGCACACUAUUUGGAUACAAAGAUAGGAUCAAUAAAAUGAAAAUAUAGAGUCUACUUGCCUGCUUAAGUUCACUGGAUUACAACUGCAAUUAACAUUCUCAUAGGCUUUGAGCACCAGUUGAAACUUCCUUAAGAGAUACAAAGCUUUACUUCAAAGAUAUCGAUGAGAAUGAAAGGAUGUGUAUAUAUUAGAGGCAUAUUCAGAACCAUAUGAACAAGUGCAACAAGUCAACAGCUAAGACUGGUGUUUUUUAGCUGGAGAAGUUAUUGACAUUGUCCUCUUGGAUGUCUCACCGUGGAAGGACUUGAAACUUUGGGUGGUGUAAUGACAAAGAUUAUCCCAAGGAAUACAACUUCACCAACUUUCAAAUCAGCAGAGGUGUUCUCCAGCACAGCAGAUGGACAGAUCAGUGAAGAGAUUAAUGUCUAUCAGGGUGAAAGAGAGGUAUUUAUCUCUCUGAAAAAAGGGUGAGAGAGAGAUCAUGAGGGACAACAAAUCCCUUGGAAGCUUGUGCAUAAGACACCAAAACAGGUGCUAGCACCAUCACACCAUGCCAAGUGAUGAGGUGGAUAGGAUGGUUAAAGAAGCUGAAAAUUUUGCAAAAGGAAGACAAGGAAAAGAGGGAUGCUGUAGACACAAAGAAUCAAGCUGACUUAGUUUUGUACCAAACUAGAAGCAACUAAAAGAGCUGGAAGAAAAUGUUCCUAGCUAGACAAGGAGAAUGUAGAGGCUAAAAGGUCAUGGAUGCCAUCUCUGGUGGUUCUACCCAAGCCAUUAAAGAUUCAAUGGCUGUCCUGAAUCAGGAAAUUAUGUAACUAUGGUAGUCAAUGUUGAUGUUUAGCUUUUAUUGGAUUGACUUCUUUGCAUGGAUGGCCACUAUUGUGUAGCCUUGAAUUAUGUUAUAGUUGAGAGAGAACUCUUUGAUAUAGAGUUAUUUGGGUGUAUUGGGGUUUGGGUUUGUGAGAGUGGGUCUACACCACUUUUGUACUCUCCAUAUUUAUUAGUGAAACUUUCUCCUUGUUGCCGCCCGUGGAUGUAGGCCAAAGGCCGAACCACGUAAA